AUGCCUUUCCUAUCGUACAGACACGCCCUCCAGUUGAAGGAACAACUAGAGGGAACCGCCGCCGAAGUCAUCACCUCCGAGUCAGAAGACUACCCAAAGAGCAUCCAGCGAUGGAGUGACACCUGCGAAAAGGAAGCAGGAGCCAUCGUCCGAGUAACCUCCACCUCCGAGGUCUCCAUCGUCGUCGAGUUCGCGCAAAAACACCAUGUCAAAUACGUAGUCGAGGCUGGAGGCCACUCGACGACGGGGGCUUCCGCGUCGCACGGCGGCAUCGUGAUCAGCAUGACGACGAUGCGCAAGGUGAUGACCGACACGGCGUCUCGGACAGUCUGCGUCCAAGGCGGCGCCAUCUGGAAGGACGUGAACCAUUCCACCAUGCCGCACGGACUGGCCGUCGUCGGAGCGACGGCGGACCAGACGGGCGUGGCUGCGUCCACGCUGGGCGGCGGAUACGGAUGGCUCAGUGGGCUGUACGGGCUGAUCAUGGACAGCCUGCUCAGCGUGAAGAUGGUUCUGGCCGACGGUAGCGUCGUCGAGGCCUCUGACGAGAGCCACCCGGACUUGUUCUGGGCCGUCCGCGGCGCAGGACUGGCCUUUGGCGUCGUCACCGAGCUGGUCUUCCGGGCGCAUCCCAUCCCACCGAGGUUGUUCGGAGGGUCCAUCUAUUUCACGGGGGACAAGCUACCCCAGAUCGUCCGUUUCGCUAACCAAUUCCAUGAGCGGCAGGAUCCCAAGAGCGGGCUCUUCUUUGGGUUCAGAGCCCAUCCGUCGGUCCGGGGCACCGCAAUUGUAGUCCUCCUCUUCUACCAUGGGACUCAGACCGAGGGCGAGGCCUUUUUUAGAGAUCUUUUAACCAUUAAUGCGGCGGAGGAAGGCACCGGUCCGAUGUCUUAUGCGGAACUGCACACCCUGGCCAAUAUUGAACCUAUCCCCGAGGGCCGGAAGAGCAUUGAUGGCACGACCGUGACCUUCCCGUUGGCUAUGGAGAAGUAUCUUGCUGUCUACGACAAGCUUGAACACAUCUCGAGGUCUUAUCCCGAGAUCAGGGAGAGUACGCUCGUGUUCGAAAUGCUACCGUACGGGAAGGUCAAGGAGGUUCCGCUCGAUGCGACUGCCUGCGCAAGUCGCGGGCCAUACUACAAUGUUGGCCUGGUAUUCUGCUGGCGCAAUCCGGAGCUGGAUAGGAAGAUUGUUGCGCUCAAGCGCGAUGUGUUGGAUGUUCUCAAGCGAGAAAGUUCUGAAGAGGAAGCCCAUGCUGAGAUUUAUCCCAAUCUUGCUGGACAUGAAUUCCGUGCGAGCCAGUUGUUCCGUGGAAACCUCGACCGACUUCGCGAGCUGAAGAAAAAGUACGAUCCGGAGAACGUCUUUCGCCAUUGGCAUAAUCUACUUAAUUAG